AUGGAUCAUCUGAAGGACACUGAGCUCUCCACCGUGGAGGUGGCUAAUGGUCCACAGGGGGAGUCGCCCCAAGUCGAAGUCUUGGACAAGAAUGAGCAGCCAAUUGCCCCAGAUCGAUUCGAUGAAAAAUAUCGCACGACCCGAAAUGAAAUUUGGGCUUACUAUGCCUACUACAUCGGCAACAACGGGUUAUCACUUUUCAACUUUGCGCCCACUGCGUUCCAAAAUUUGCUUUAUCAAGCAGCCCCAUCCGAUGGCAUCAUGGAAUUUCUCGGGCGCCCGCGCUCAAUCAACAGUAUCGUGCUGCUAUCCAAUGGAAUUUCCUUCGCGAUCCAAGUAGUCGUGUUCUUGGUCAUAGGUAGCUUCGCUGAUUUUGGUAAUUGGCGACCAAACAUUCUCAUUGCGCUGUCCAUCAUCGCAUGGGCUAUCGGCUUUGGCUGGUUGGGAGUUCACACUUCGGAUAAAUGGCAGGUUGGCGUUGGCCUCUACAUUGUCGGCCUAAUAGCCUACCAGACGACAUUGACCUUCUGGACUGCUGCCUUCCCAGGUCUGGCACGCAACACGAUUGAAAUGAAGGAAAAGGCCGACGCCUACGUGGCAGGGACAAUCACGCGCGAGCAGUACGAUUAUGCCGAUACCAUGAUGCGCAGCCGUUUGGCGAAUAUUGCCUUCUAUAUUCAAUCAGUGGGCGAGAUUUUCAUUCUAGCUAUCAUCGUGGGAAUCAUGUUUGGAUUGGAUGUGAAUGCCAGCCAGGCCAACAACAACUGGGGUCUCAGUGUUUUGAUUGCUUUUGUUUCUGGAGUCUGGCUGCUUGUUUCCUUACCCUGGUUCUUCCUGGAAAAGCGUCGACCAGGCCAGGAUCCCGGUAGGCGAGGCGUUCUCAUUGCGGGUGUAUGGCAACUUUGGCAUGCUAUGAAACAGAUCUGGCAGCUGAAACAGAGUCUGAUUUAUCUCAUCGGCUAUUUCUUGCUCGGAGACUCUUUGAACACCACUGUCACCGUGAUUGGAACAUUGCAGAAUAGCAUCGUUGCAUACAACACUCUGCAGCUGACCUACCUUUUGAUUGUCGGUAUUGCGGCUCAGGCGGUCGGCAUUUAUGGAUUCUGGUAUAUUCAGAAGCGCUUCCGCUUAGGAACCAAGACCAUGUUCAACACGAUUGCCGUCGCUAUCAUCCUCCUCGAUGGCUGGGGUAUGAUCGGCAUUUGGACCGACAAGUUCGGCUUCCACAAUGCAUGGGAAGUUUGGGUCUAUCAGGCAUUCUAUGGGCUGUUCAUUUGCCCCUGGUACAGUUACUCCCAAAUCAUGAUCUCGGAAAUCACGCCCCGCGGUCACGAGUUCUUGUUCUUCAGUCUAUUCAGCAUCAUCGGCAAGACAUCAUCGUUCAUUGGUCCUCUCGUGUCAAGCGCUAUCAUUGAUGCCAGUCCGACUGGUGAUAAUUCGGCCCCAUUCUACUUCCUUUUCGCCUUGAGUGUUGUAAGCUUUGGUAUCAUGGCCUUUGGCGUUGACCUUGGAAAGAGUCAAGCCGAGCAGGAAAAAUUCCUGCAAGAUAAAAAGAGACGACUCGAUGAUUCGGAGUCUUCGUCCACAGUGUGA